AUGGUAGCUCCGGCUCUGGCAGCGGACAAGGACAAGGACAGAGCGGCUCCAACGGCAGUACUACCUGGAGCUCUGGCAGCGGACAAGGACAAGGACAGAGCGGCUCUAACGGUAAUGGUAGCUCCGGCUCUGGCAGCGGACAAGGACAAGGACAGAGCGGCUCCAACGGUAAUGGUAGCUCCGGCUCUGGCAGCGGACAAGGACAAGGACAGAGCGGCUCCAACGGUAAUGGUAGCUCCGGCUCUGGCAGCGGACAAGGACAAGGACAGAGCGGCUCCAACGGCAGUACUACCUGGAGCUCUGGCAGCGGACAAGGCCAAGGACAGAGCGGCUCCAACGGUAAUGGUAGCUCCGGCUCUGGCAGCGGAAAAGGACAAGGACAGAGCGGCUCCAACGGUAAUGGUAGCUCCGGCUCUGGCAGCGGACAAGGACAAGGACAGAGCGGCUCCAACGGCAGUACUACCUGGAGCUCUGGCAGCGGACAAGGCCAAGGACAGAGCGGCUCUAACGGUAAUGGUAGCUCCGGCUCUGGCAGCGGAAAAGGACAAGGACAGAGCGGCUCUAACGGUAAUGGUAGCUCCGGCUCUGGCAGCGGAAAAGGACAAGGACAGAGCGGCUCUAACGGUAAUGGUAGCUCCGGCUCUGGCAGCGGACAAGGACAAGGACAGAGCGGCUCCAACGGCAGUACUACCUGGAGCUCUGGCAGCGGACAAGGCCAAGGACAGAGCGGCUCCAACGGUAAUGGUAGCUCCGGCUCUGGCAGCGGACAAGGACAAGGACAGAGCGGCUCCAACGGUAAUGGUAGCUCCGGCUCUGGCAGCGGACAAGGACAAGGACAGAGCGGCUCCAACGGCAGUAGUACCUGGAGUUCUGGCAGCGGACAAGGACAAGGACAAGGACAAGGACAGAGCGGCUCCAACGGUAAUGGUAGCUCCGGCUCUGGCAGCGGACAAGGACAAGGACAGAGCGGCUCCAACGGUAAUGGUAGCUCCGGCUCUGGCAGCGGACAAGGACAAGGACAGAGCGGCUCCAACGGCAGUAGUACCUGGAGCUCUGGCAGCGGACAAGGACAAGGACAGAGCGGCUCCAACGGUAAUGGUAGCUCCGGCUCUGGUAGCGGACAAGGACAAGGACAGAGCGGCUCCAACGGCAGUAGUACCUGGAGCUCUGGCAGCGGACAAGGACAAGGACAGAGCGGCUCCAACGGUAAUGGUAGCUCCGGCUCUGGCAGCGGACAAGGACAAGGACAGAGCGGCUCCAACAAAAGUGGUAGCUGGGGCUCUGGCAAAUAUGGCCAAUGUAUUAAUGUGGUUGCUGUUCCGUCUUUCAAUGUGUAUACGUGGUGUACUCGAUGUUGAUGCUGCCCGACUUCAGCUAUUUAUAAAUAAUUACAGCGUAAAUAGUAUUAACGAAGAAUUCAAUCGAAAAAAUUUGAAAAAUUUUGAUGCAAGCAGUUUACCACCAUGUAAAACUGAAUUAUUUCAAAAAUUUCUCCGAGCGAAUUACAUUGCUAGUAUAUGGAAUAAUGCAAAUGAAAAACUACCAACCAUUUUAACUCCUGAACACAAUGGGUGGAGGCUAGAAGAAAACCAAUAUCACUUUCAUUGGUUUGAUGGUGACCAAUUACCCGGAGACAUUAGUGAAUUCCUUAAAAAUUCAGAAGACGCUGCCAGCAACGACAACAUCACUGAUGACGACGAGGAUGACUUGAAUGGACAAUAUCAUGAUUGGAUGAACGAUGAAAAUUCCAAUGACUGUGUCGAUAAUUGGGAUGAUUAA